AUGGAUCUUUCCGUUGACCUCAUCAAGCGCCGAAGUGGUCACUACGAUUUAGAAUUGGUCACGCUGUUAGAUGUCUCGAGGAUGAACAUUUGCAGAUUGAUCCAUUUAGAGCACUGCGUGAAUCUCAUGGAGCUAAACUUGAAUCACAACGAUCUUCAAUCCUUAGAAGGAUUGCCUCCUUUGCCAUUGCUGCGCUGUCUUCACCUUUCCAACAAUCGGCUUGCUUCCAUAGACAGCCUACCGAGCUUGCCUUUACUCGAAGAACUUCAUGUGGCAAACAAUCAGAUUCAAAGCAUCAACUUCGUCGAGUUGGCAAAAAAAAUACCGAGUCUUCGAACUUUUGACUUUUCCGGCAACGGUCUGGAUGAUAGCAGUACUGUAGCAAAAGCGUCGGAAGUGUUUCCUUAUCUCUUAUUUCUGAAUAAUGAGGUACUUGCGUUAACAAAGCUCUUUGAAGUUUUAUCGUCGGAGCAAUUCGAGGUUGAAAAUGGCGUGGUAUCAAGUAUCGAACUCGAAGAAAAGGUUGUUGCUACAAUGGAUGAUAAGGUCGACUUUAUCGAUGAAACUACAAGUCAUCUUGAAGAUUUAUUGCGUCGAUGUGACCAGACGAUGGCAAAGACGGAUCCAAAGCUAAUACUUUCAGCUAGUCCAUUCUCCGAAAGCCCAUGA